UAGGACUUAUUCUCAGAGAGAGAAGCCAAUUAUAAGCCUGGGUCCUGUCUUGCAGCGCCCCUCCCUAGGUGCCGAUGGUGCUCCGCCCCGCCGUCCUCCCGCCCGCUCCUCGCGGUCCAUGGCGCGCCGGGCGCCCGGGUGGCGGCUGCGGCCGCUGGCGGCGCUCGCCCUGGUGCUGGCUCUGACCCAGGUACCCACAGCCCGCUCUGGGCAGACGCCGCGCCCCGCACAGCGCGGGCCCCCGGUGCGGCUCUUCACGGAGGAGGAGCUGGCCCGCUACGGCGGCGAGGAGGAGGAUCAGCCCAUCUACUUGGCAGUGAAGGGAGUGGUGUUUGAUGUCAGCUCUGGAAAGGAGUUUUAUGGGCGAGGAGCCCCCUAUAAUGCCUUGACCGGGAAGGACUCCACCAGAGGUGUGGCCAAGAUGUCUCUGGAUCCUGCAGACCUCACUCAUGACACUACGGGUCUCACAGCCAAGGAGCUGGAGACCCUGGAUGACGUCUUCAGCAAGGUGUACAAAGCCAAAUACCCCAUUGUCGGCUACACGGCCCGCAGGAUCCUUAAUGAGGAUGGCAGCCCCAACCUGGACUUCAAGCCUGAAGACCAGCCCCAUUUUGACAUAAAGGACGAGUUCUGAUGUCUAGCUGCAAAGGGCUGGUUCUAGGGUGAGGUGGGCAGACAGGGGUUAAAUGUCCCAUGGAAGAAGCUGAGGAAGCCUCCAGGUCCCUUGCAUUUGAAUAAAGCUGAUGUUGAACUGGGA